AGCUCAGACGUGGGUUCAGUUCCCUCAUUUUCAUAUCAGCAGUUCCGUUCUUUGAUGUGUCAAGAAUGUUGAUGACGUCACACACAUCUACAUUCUGAAUGUUCUUAACUUGAAGAACUCAAGCACAUUCUCAUUCAUUUGGUACCUGAUCGCUCAGCUGUCCAAACCCUCUGAACCAACGUAUUCAUUCAUUGCGUUCGACAAACCUGGUUACUAAUUGUUUACUUUACUGGUUGAUUGUUUUUUUCUCUCUGUGGAAAACUGACAUCUCUUAAAAAUGGACGCCAAUGCUGUCUUUAAACGAGUCCAACAAAUGAGACCAUCCUCUUUCUCUGAAGAAAGGCGAUGCCACUACCAAGCAGAAAAAAUAAUGCUCAGGUAGUUCAUGCUCCUGAAGCAGCAGGAUCAAGUCCCUGAUCAUUUAACUGUCAGACAGAUGAAGACCUGGCUGCUGACAGGAAGGAACUUUGUGGAGGAGAAAUGAUGAUGAACGAUGAUGGCAGACUCGAGACAAAACAUCUCCUCAUGGCUGAACUGGCCUGGACAACAGCGAGGAGAUUCUGUCUCUGUCAAAUGGAGCAGGAGGAGCUGUACGAGGAGAGGCAGCUUUCACAGCUGCUGAACAGGAAGGUCACACUGGAGGGCCUUUAGAUGUUUGUUACAGUCUUCCGACCAAAAGCAGAGGAGGCUGUGCGAACAUAUCUACUGUCACUGUUCAGCAAGCUGCUGAAAUAUUUUGGUGGAUCUUGCAUUCCAUCCAUCUCUUCAGGGGAUGCGAAGCCAGGAGAGCUCUUAGAGCUCCAGCAGAGCACUGCACCAGUCAUCCAGGAGGUGAUAAACACCACUCUGAAGUUCCUCCUGGAGGAACCAGAGUCUGCAGACCAAAUUGAAGCAGCCAGCGUUGAGGUUGGGAGACUGCUGAGUGACUCAGCAGCUCCCUGUCUGCCUCAGUAUGGACCUCUCUCUGCAGCUCCUCUGCUCGGGGUCUGCACUAUAGCAGCAAGAUUCAUGGUCAAAUCCAUCUUAAAGGAUUUUGACCAUCACUCCAAGACCUUCCACAUAAUGGACUAUGAUGACAGCUUGUUCUCUGUAAGAGAGAACGUCAUCUUUGCAAUCCAAGAUAUGGACAAUAGAGUGCAGACUGCCGCAUGCAGACCUCAGCCUCAGCUCAGUACGUCGGAAGGGUCACAAGAGGGACUUCUGGAGAAGGAGGCUUCUCCAGAGGUCUUGCUGGAUGAGACAACCACUGUGAGGACAUCCAUGUUAAGAUUGGAGGCCAACGUGAUUGUUCGCAUGGAGCCGGAGCUGGACCAAAAAGAGGGAUUUCUGGAGGAGAGGGAGGCUUCUCCACAGGUUUCGUUGGAUGACGUGACAACCACAUCCUCAAGACUGGAGACCAACGUGAUUGUAUACAUGGAGCUGGAGCUGGAAGUCCUGCAGGAGGAGUUGGAGACUGAGGACUUUGGAGUUAAGAGAAAGAUAAAGAAGAAGAAGAGAGUGCAUGCCUUUCUUCCGUGGCAUUUGGAGGGCAAUGUCAUGCUGCUUCCAUUGUCCCUCUGAAGACUAAAUAAUAGCAGUCUCUGUGCCAGGGAAGACCAAAAAGCGAGACUUCGGGGGGGAGAGAGGCUUCUCCAGGAGUUGUUGCCACAGAGGACCAAAAGGAGGCACUUCUGGAGGAGAGGGAGGCUUCUUUGGAAGUUUCUGCCACAGAAAACCAAAAAGAGGCACUUAUGGAGGAGAGGGAGGCUUCUUCAGAGGUUUCUGCCACAGAAGACCAAAAAGAGGGACCUGGGGGGGAGGGAGGUUUCUCUAGGAGUUGCUGCCACAGAGGACCAAAAAGAGGCACUUCUGGAGGAGAGGGAGGCUUC